CGGCAAUUGUUGUUGCAACGUUUGAGCACCGAAGCCAAGUUUGGAUAUUGGUAAGAACAAUAUUCUUUACCAUGCUAAAAUUAAGCAAUGCUUUCUGUGUAAUGAUAUCACUGUUUUCCUCUGCACAGCGAUGCCUCAACUAUCUUCGGAUCUAUAUAUAUUCAUACAUGCAUAUAUGUGACGCAAAGUAGCCGAGUCGCGAACAUUCAGCAUUUAAUACCAAUAAAAUCCAAGAAUCUAAAUCUACCGAAAUUAAUUUCAUUGUUCCGCUUCGGAAUGAAAAUAUUGUUAAGGUAAUAGUCAUUGUAUCAUUAGGAAACAUUGCUAAAUUUCAAAAAUACCUGUCAGAACUGGUAAAUUUACAGCAGUGAAGCAAAAUAUCAAAGAACUACUAGGAUUUGAAAGCUUAAUUCAUGCAUCAUUAAUUAUAUCUUUUAAAAUGGAAACAUUGUUUUUAGUUUGCGUUCUUUUGUUCUCAAGUGUUAUAACACAUGCAGGAUACUUCAACAAUUGUAGCCCAGCUUUGUGUUCAGAUGGCGCAUCGGAACGUUGUUCGUGUCAACCAGACUGCUACCUCUACAAUGGAUGCUGUUCUGACAUUAUUAAUAAGACCUCUUCUAUCACAAACUACCCAACUAUCAGUUGCCGAAAAGCUGGUGAUCAUUAUGCUUAUCAGUUUGACCGUUGUCCAGAUAACCACGAUGUUAUUGAGUAUGUUAACAACUGUGAAAAUCCUGACUCACAGGAUCCACUGCAGAUCAUUCCUGCUUUUGGUAAAACAAGUAAAAGACUCUACAGGAACCUGUAUUGUGCUCUGUGUCAUGGAGAGGAAUUCAUUCUCUGCAAUCUUUUAUAUAACUGCGACAGAAUCUCUAAUGUCACACUUGAAAAUAUAUCAAAUUAUCUCAAGGAUAGCUGUACGCCAACAGCAGAGCUUCAAUCAUAUUUGAUCAAAUAUUUGCAUCAUUGUACUCCAUAUAUUUCGAAUUGUCCUCAAGAUAACAAUAAUAAGGAACAAAUAAUGGCAUGUGAGUCUGAGCCAAUGGCAUUGAUAUAUACGGAGUCGAUCGCACACUACUUUGUAAAUGGCAUGUAUAAAUUUCCUAAAGUUUACAAAAACAAAGGUUGUGCUAUAUGCAACGGGUUUUCCAGUGAUAUUUGUGAAGUGAAUUAUCAUGAAAUAGCUGGUAGUGGAGGAACUGUUCCUCUAACAAUACUUUUUGAUUAUGAUACCAAUACUGUAAAGGUAAAUGAAUUAAGCAAAGCGAAAAAUAGAUAUGUGCUGUCUCCCUCCUGUCCAAAAUACACUAUCUACGAUUUGAGAUUUAAGAAAUGUCGACAAGUUAUCUACCAUCCGCCGCUAAAAUGUAUGACAACAAAAUUAAAUGAAUCUGAGUAUUACAUCACUAAUGAUGGUCUUCUCUACUUAAAUAAUACCCAACGUUUGCUAAACCAAUCAGAAUUCACUCGUGAUUCUCAAGGUAUAAUAAGUAUCUGUGUAAACAAUGGUACCAAUAAUAUAUCAAAUAUCAAUGGUGUAUCAAAAUAUUCCGUAGCUGGGAGCUAUAUCACAUUAGUGGGACUCGUAAUCUCAAUUCCAGCUCUAGCAAUCACCAUUAUAGUCUAUCUCUGUAUACCUGAUCUCCGUACCUUACCAGGUAAAUUACUCAUUAGUCUUUUGUCAGCACUGUUUGUAGCUGAGCUUCUCUUUCUUAUCUCAUCACAAGUCACUACAUCUACAGUGCUGUGUAAAUCUUUUGCUGUAGUAAUGCAUUAUUCGUUUCUAGCCACUUUCUUCUGGAUGAAUGUCAUGUCAUUUGAUGCCUGUCACACUUUCUCAGGACUCACACAACUUCGAAAUAAAGGAAAACAUACCAAGAGAUUUGUAUUGUAUUCCUUGUAUGCUUGGAUCUGUCCACUUGUAAUAGUAACAGUAUCACUGGUAUUUGAGUAUAUUCCUGGAAAUCACGGACUUUCCCCAGAGUAUGGAAAAGAUAUUUGCUGGAUUAAAAAUGGAAAAAGUCUGCUAUGGUUUUUUUUAAUCCCUGUAAUGUUUAUUUUAUGUCUUAAUAUCAUAGCGUUUAACCUCACCGCUAGAGGGCUCUAUUUGGCACGCAAACUCUCUUCGAAAUAUUUAUCAAAACAUAAGAAAUUGGAGUUUAUCAUUUGUGUAAAACUAUUCUUUAUCAUGGGGCUAACAUGGACAUUCGCAUUUCUGUAUACGUUUACAAGAAUUGAAGAAUUUUCUCUAUUAUUUUGUAUUUUAAACUCAUUCGUUGGAUUACUUAUAUGUUUAUCGUUUCUAUCAACAAGUAUUGUUCGACGCAGUAUUUUUCAGAAUCUGCAAAAAAUUACAAAAACAUCCACAAAAGAAUCUGUUGAUGUUAAUUUCGCUCAUGAAACAACAUCAACGAAUAUAACUCCGUAGGUGUGCCGUCAAGCUAACCAAUGUGGGUUACUCAAUAUCGUCAGUGGAAUGAAGAUGGAAAUAAUGGAUAAUAAAUUAUAUAUUAAAUCUUAAUAAAUGACAUGAUGGUUCUUACUAGAAUACUUUUGACUAUAGAUCUUCGACACUAUGAAUCAGCUGAGGUUACAAAGUUCAACAAUUAACAACAUUCUGAAAUGAAAUUCCUAAAAUGCCGAUUCGGAAAAAAAGAAAUGAAAAAACAAAAAGAAAAGUUAUGUUUUCUAGAUUCUAUUUGAAUUCGUAUAAGAUAAACGCCUUGCAAGUGUGAAGGGUACGUGCAUAUUUCUUUCAGGAACUUGCCCUUUUAUUUUUGGCCAUUUCUUCUGUUCUUCAAUAUAUUAAAAUUUUCACGUCCACCUGAGCUGUUGAACGGACUCACUUUUUGCUGAAAACCCCAUAUAGUUAGUAAUUUUAUUGUAUCCUUUUUUUCUAUCCUUUUUUGUAUCCCAUUUAUAUUCUGUUGACCUAACAUUUUACGAAUAUGUGGGUUUUAUGAAGUUUGAGCUCACUCAUGUCUCUCUCCCUGUCUUUUAGUUCGGUCAAACGAUUUUAAAUGGUUUUAAAUAGUCUCGUUCACUUCCUAUAUUAUAUAAUCUCUUCCUCACACAUUUGGAAUAAUCACGAUAUACGUUUUGGAAAACGCUUUGAAAAACAUUUAUUACGUCACAUGUAACGGGAUUUGUAGAGACACUAGUGUGUGUGAUAAUAGUCUACCACUCAUGUAUCGCAUUUCUAUGCCGACUCUAUUAAAAUAUUAUUAUUCGUCGCUUUCAGUUAUCCAAUUAAUUCUCUAAUAAUCAGCUCUUAUUUGUCCAGCAAGCAAAAUGUUGCUGGGCGUUUCCCUUUCUGUCCGUAAAACGUUAUCUACGGAGAGAUCUGAUGUUAAAAAGAAUGCUGACAACAUCGCAUCAGUUUUAUAAUAUUUUCAACAAAUCUUUUGGUCUUUUUGCAUAAGAAAAUAAUUGUUUCACCUUGAGCAAAAUCAGUUUAUUGUAAACGCUAUUUCUAAUUGUGGUAUUACUUCCAUAUAAAUGUGUUAAAUCAAUGACAAUAAAUUCUAUCCAAACCACAAUAUAUAUACCAUAUAAUAAUCAGACGCUGUCGACUCCUUAGUCGUUAUUCUUAUUGUAUAAUACAUAGUAAAACAACGGGAUUAAAUGAAUCAUAAUAUCUUGUCAUUAAUGAUGAGCAUUUUAACUUACAUACCCUAUGUCUGUAAUAUUAAAUUAUAUAAAGAGAAUAUAAUAAAAAGCACUUCAUAAAUACAAAAUUUCUUUUUUUAUUACGUGUUGAAUAUCCAUGUUCCUCUUUAGGUUUAUGAAGACUGAAAAGCCUCUCUGUUAUAGUCAUUCUUUCUAUUAAUAUAGCUUGCCUGCUGCUAUUUCAAAUGCUGAACGAAAUUUGAAAGUUAUCUUCCACGAAAGUUACCGAUAUAGUUUGAGCUUCUCAAUAAACGUUAUCAUUAGAUUUUAAGUAACAUUACUGCAGGUUUCUGUGUAAACGUGAACUGAUAUUGCUAAUGUUGUUGGGAAAGCGUAACAUUUCUUGUCUUAUCCGUUCUCUGAAUCGAGUCCAGUCAAUAUUAAUUCUGAUAGCUCGGCUCGUGUUGUAUAUUUCCAUUUACGUAACUAAUUUAUAUGAAUUUGCUAGAAGGAAAAAAAAUGUCCCUUUUUUAUAAUUAUCUAAAUUGCAAAACCUUUGCGCUAAUAUAAUUAUGAAAUCAAAGCUAUUAAUCAAUACCGUUUCAUUUACUGCUCUAUGAAUUACAAUAGAUUUUGCUAAACUAUCUGAGAUUUUAA